AUGGAACAAUAUGAGGGCAACAAAAGCAUUCUAAGAGGUUGUAUCAAGACAAGCAAAGGCCCGUGGCUCGUUCGUCGGGUCACGAAAGAUGGUGGGCUCGUGACCAAGUUUCGCUACCCGUCCGAUCGAGAGCGCAUGAACAACAAGCAAAGGGAGAGGAGGAGACGGGCCGUGGCCCACAAAAUCUUUUCCGGGCUUCGGGCCCACGGAAACUACAACCUUCCCAAGCACGCCGAUUCUAACGACCUCCUCAAAGCGCUUUGCAACGAAGCCGGGUGGCAUGUUGAGGAAGAUGGGAGAAUUUUCAGAAAGCAAUCGGCCUCGAUAAUGCCGGGCUUGGUCGAUGUCGAUUUUCGUCAAGCUUCUUUGAUUGGCUUCCGAUCUCAAGACGAUAGGUUUUGUGAAUGUGAUGAUAUUAACCUAAAAGGCCCGAUUUUCGAGCCCGAUACCACUCUCACUCUCUAG